AUUCCCAUAACCACCAUGGCGGAACUCCACGAAGCGCUCGCAUGCCUCAGACCGAAGGAGUUUAGCGAUGUCCCUACCGACAACCUCGAAUCAUUUUUACCCAACAUACUAUCCAAAGCAGAAUUGAUCGCAAAUUCUGUACCUGAAGCCCCCAAUGGUACGCCUUACGAGUCGUCGCAGCGCACGCGAGCCGAGCAACAACCCGCGACCGGUGCAAAAGAUCUUACCAUUUCCCGCGUGCGCCGGCCACCACCAGCACCAGAGCACGAAGCGCUACGGAAGUCAUGGGGAAAGCCUGUGAAGUUGAGCAACAGCGACGCCGCUACAGGAAUGAGCGUCUUCAAGAUGGCUGGCAAGGAUAGGCAUGGAGCCUGGUUCGCGCGGACCAGCGUACACGAAGGGCUCGGCUUCGAAAAGUGGAAGCGUGCUAUGAAGCGAGAGUUUCCCGAAAGUCUAGAAGUUCAGGGUGGUCCUGGCGAGGGCAACGUGAGAGGUAUUGGAGGAGACCAGAGACUGGAGGACAUAACAGUUAAGGGCAUAGGUCAAUUGCAAGUAUACCAGCUUUCUGCCCAAUUUCCUGGCCCAACCUCCCCGCGAGAGUUUAUCACGCUACUCAUCACCUCCGAUACUUGCCUCACUGAAGCAUCCAAAAUCGGCGAUUCAAUACCGCGACAUCACAUGGUCGUAUCAAUACCUGUAUCUCAUCCUGAUGCGCCUCCACGAACCAACAUGGUCCGGGGCUAUUACGAGUCGAUCGAGAUGAUCCGGGAGAUACCAAUGAACGACGGCGAUCCGGAGACCAACCCCGUGGAGUGGAUCAUGAUCACGCGCAGUGAUCCUGGGGGAGGUAUACCACGCUUCAUGGUGGAGCGAAACGUACCUAGUAGUAUUGUCCAGGAUGCUGUCAAGUUUCUCAACUGGGCCUGCGCUAGAGACGACAGCGUCGACGCUGCGGUGACCGCCGAAAAGGACGAAGCGGCAGAGACAACAAGUACGCAUGACAACGGACGUAACCUUUCCAUGGUAGAGUCCAACGGCAUAACCGCCGGCGUAGGGACCAGUAUUGCGGACAUGCCCUCACAUCAGCGGCACAUGUCUCAUCGAACGGGCGAGACCGACACCUCACUCCAAUUACAACGCACACAAUCCAUUAGCUCCUCAAGUUCCUCUUCAUCAGACGAGUCGUUUGCUUCUGCUGAACAGUUUACUACGACCCGUGAAAGCCUUCCAAUUGAUACAUCCAUACCGACACCGUCAACUUUGUCACAGCAAUCCCUUCCAAUGGCAGAAGACAGUCCACACCAUAAGGGACUUCAGAAAAUUGAGGAGAAGAAGGAACAACUGAAAUUGAAGCUGGAGCAAGCACGAGAAAAGCAUGAAACCGAUCUGCAGAACGAGAGCUCAAAGACCGAGAGGGAAAUACAGAAAGCGACCGAGAAGCACGAGAAGGAAAAGAGAAAACAAGAGACUAAGUACCAAAAGGAGAUCCGCAAACUGGAGGAGCGGCGUGCCAAAGAGACACGAAAACUGCUCGCGCGUCAACAAAAGGAGGCGGAUAAGAACCAGCUGACAAAGGCACAACGAGAACGCGACGAGUACAAACAGCAGGCGGACAUUUUGGAGCAAGAGAACAGGCUGCUUAAGAGGCAGAUUGGCGAAUUGCAACAAGAAAACACUGCGCUUGUUUCCCGUCUCGGUAGGACCGAGGAAGGUAUCAAGAUCCUGAAAUCAGUCCAGGAGAGUCGUACUAGGGCCAGUUCGAGGGCCAGUGGGAGCUCAGGCAAGAGUAGUAAGAGUACGAGGAGGAGUAAAGGGUCGAUUGAGUUGGCCGGUACCCUGGGCCGGUCAGGAACAGCUCAAUUUUGA